AGGAGGCCGACCUGUCGGCUUCUUUUCCGCCGCCUCCCCUCCUCUGUCCUCUCCACUUUCGCCUGUCAGCUCCGCUUCCCUUCACUUCCCUCUGCUCUGGCUCUGCUUGCCACUCGCUCUCCCUGAUCCUCCACUUCACUAGUGCGGAGGCUUCGCUGGGCCUUGCUUGCAUUGGGUUCCGCUUCAAAUCGAAUCGAUUCGAUCGGCCUGGCUCCGGCUGACUGCGAUUCGAAAUCCGAGGACGAGAUCGACGGAGCGCCGGUCGCCAAUGCCGCCGCGUCCGGCGCUGCUGCUGCUGUCCUUGCUUCUCCUAUUGGUUGCGGCGGCGCGGGCGGGGGACCCCUACGCGUACUACGACUGGGAGGUCUCCUACUUCUCCGCCCAGCCCCUCGGCGUCAAGCAGAAGGUGAUUGGCAUCAAUGGGCAGUUCCCGGGCCCGGUGCUGAACGUGACGACCAACUGGAACGUGGUGGUGAACGUCCGCAACGCGCUGGACGAGCCGCUGCUGCUCACCUGGAACGGCGUGCAGCAGCGCAAGAGCGCGUGGCAGGACGGCGUGCUCGGCACCAACUGCGCCAUCCCCGCCGGAUGGAACUGGACUUACCAGUUCCAGGUCAAGGACCAGGUCGGCAGCUUCUUCUACUUCCCCUCCACGCCCCUGCACCGCGCCGCGGGAGGGUACGGCGCCAUCGCCAUAAACAACCGCGACGUCAUCCCGAUCCCAUUCCCGUUCCCCGACGGUGACAUCACACUCUUCAUCGGCGACUGGUAUAACCGGGGACACAAGGAGCUCAGGAGGGCACUCGACGGCGGCACCCCUCUCGGGCCACCCGACGGCGUCGUCAUCAACGGAUUGGGGCCAUACCGCUACAAUGAAACCGUUGUUCCGCCAGGGAUCACCUACGAGAGGAUCAAUGUCGAGCCAGGGAAGACUUACAGGCUUCGGGUACACAAUGUUGGUGUAUCGACAAGCUUAAAUUUCAGGAUCCAAAACCACAACCUGCUUCUUGUGGAGACUGAAGGCUCCUACACCUCGCAGCAGAACUACACCAACAUGGAUAUCCAUGUUGGCCAGUCCUACUCAUUCUUGGUCACUAUGGAUCAGAAUGCUAGCACUGACUACUACGUGGUCGCAAGUGCUCGCUUUGUUGAUGCCACCGUGGUGGAUAAGUUGACUGGGGUUGCCAUUCUCCAUUAUUCCAACUCCCAGGGUCCAGCCUUUGGCCCUCUGCCAGAUCCCCCAAAUGAUCAGUAUGACACGGCAUUCUCCAUAAAUCAAGCAAGAUCUAUCAGAUGGAAUGUUACAGCUAGUGGUGCCCGUCCCAAUCCACAGGGUUCAUUCCAUUAUGGUGACAUUACCGUGACAGAGGUGUAUCUGUUGCAGAGUAGACCACCUGAGUUCAUAAAUGGGAAACUGAGUUCGACUCUGAAUGGAAUUUCUUACAUUGCUCCAUCGACUCCCUUGCUUCUUGCACAAUUAUUUAAUGUCCCGGGAGUGUACAAAUUGGAUUUUCCUAAUCAUCCGAUGAAUAGAUUACCAAAAGUCGACACAUCCAUUAUAAAUGGCACCUAUAAAGGCUUCAUCGAGAUUAUAUUCCAAAACAACGCCACAACUCUACAGAGCUACCACUUGGAUGGCUAUGCAUUCUUUGUUGUUGGGAUGGACUAUGGAUUGUGGACUGAGAACAGUCGCGGCACAUAUAACAAAUGGGAUGGUGUUGCACGCUCCACAAUCCAGGUAUUCCCUGGAGCUUGGACGGCUGUUCUUGUGUUUCUGGACAAUGCAGGCAUAUGGAAUCUGCGUGUGCAGAAUCUUGAUAGCUGGUACCUGGGGCAAGAAGUGUACAUCAGUGUUGUUAACCCAGAGGACAGCAGCAACACGACUUCCGUUCCUGAUAAUGCAAUCUUCUGUGGUGCACUAUCAAGCCUACAAAAAGAGCAAUCACAUAGAUUCCAGUAUUCCGAAGCUUCACCGGUUGCCUCGUUGAGGAAAACGAUUUCUCCUCUGCUUUUGUUGGCAUGCUUCAUCAUUUGGUUCCAAUGAUCCCCACCUUAAGUUUGUCUACUGGACAUAUGGAACAGCGUAAGGUUUGGAGAUGAAAGCCGGUCUGGAUGAUGUUUUUGGUUGCUGUUGAGAAUUUGAUGCUUGAUUUGGUUAGCUCGAGUGAUCUGAAUGCAAAUCCCAAAGUGGCAGAUACGCAGACGUGGGUAAGAUUUUUCUCUCUCUCGAGAAGUGCAGGUAAAUGAUGCACUUGCUGUUGGCGUGUGGGUAGGUUGUCCUGUAUGUAAUUUGACUGAUUAAUUUGUUUCGCUUAUUGGGUGUCGUAGCUGAGCUUUAUCAGAUCCGACAAGGCAUGCAUGAACAGCUCGCCAGGCAUACAAAUGAAGUGCAAAUUGGGUUGAAGCAGUA